CCAUAUUUCCAUCCCUGCUAUGAACAGUUUGCUUUGUACGCGAAAGAAAUGUCGUGCGAUAAAGACAAUUCUACGCUGAGUCCCGAUUCAAUCAAGGGGUUGGUUUUGCARACAAGGGCGGCACUCAGAUUUGGUCUUUCGUGUGUCUCCGCCGAUGGAGAAUGGAACCACAGCGAGGCAAUGGUCGCAACAAUUCAGUCGAAGGCAAUGGUCGAUCAUCGCUGGUACGAUCCACUUUCUACUAUCUUGAGCCGYUCCAGAGGAGAUAAAAAAUCUCGUAUACUUGCGGCCCGACUCAUGAGCAAUCUCGUGACAUCCAACGAACAAACAGCUUCGAUACUCUCCACCAACGUUCGGAUUGCCCCUUCCAAUAAAUCGGUGGCUUCGUCGAUUCUUGAUAAAAUUACCGACAAAGAAACCAUUGAGUUGCCUCUAUCAUCAAGACUGAUAGCAGAGUCGAACUGGGUCGAUAUGUUUCUCUUCGCUGCAAAAAGUAGAAAUCGAGAUGCUUUUGCCGCGAUUGCAGCCGUCCUCCACAAUUGCAUCGCUUCCUUACUAAUCAAAGAACACGAGAAUCGCGACAUUCCAUUCAUCAGAGAUGUUGCAUCCAACGGGAUGCUUAUCAAUAAUCUUUUAAGGCACUUUGUAUCCGCUGAAGCGAUAACGGAAGCACUCGAUAACGAAAAGGAAGAUUCGAAAGGGGGAGACGGUCUUUGGGAUUCGGCAACAGAAUGGAUACAGUUGUUGCUGUCAAAGUUGGCCAAACUUGGCAUGUUCCCAGACAUGUAUUCUUGCAUCGGUGCGGCUUGCGAUAAGACUUCCCCCGAAUCGGCCCCCAUCCGGAUACUGCCGGAGCAGAAUGUUCUGUUGCAGUGCAUGUCGAGAGAGGCCGAAGCGUAUGCAAUGGAGUUUACAUCCAAUAACAAAGCCGAAAAUCCAUUCGGCGGGGAAGCAGGAUCCAGCGGGGAUAGCUAUUAUUUUCUGGCAGAUUUGGCCGUCGCUGUGUCACCUUGGUUUCGCCRCRAGAGACUGCAGACGAGCAGCACAACAACACACGACCAGGACGAGCAGUGUAGCUUCAACGAUACCCUUCUACAAUCUGGAUUCCUCACGACGAACGAAAUUCUAGCUUCGACGCUUGGGGUGGACAGCGCGCUCAGUGCUACGCUGCGACUGGACCUGGGUCAAAAAACCAGCAUCCUACAGGAAACCGCAAAAUCGCUCGGGGUGGUGUUGGACGAUCUGGCGGAAAAGAGUGCCGGUCGCAAGGCCAGUGAUGUUCACCUGACCAGUGAUGACCAAAGAUUGUUGGUAGCACUUGUUCAAUUCAUCGGGAACCUGUGUUACAAGUGCAAGCACAACCAAGACUUGCUGCGGACGACCCUGGUACCGCCAGCGAAGAAGCCGGUUUUGAGGGUCGAAAGGAUUCGCGAAGAAGGGAACGAUCCAAUUCCUUCCGGCGUGCGGAACGGUCUGCACGUUCUCCUGACAUGCACCACCCACGCGACGUCGUGCUUUACUCUGCGAGAAUGGGGGGUGAUUGCGAUACGCAACGCAUUGGACGACAACGCAAACAACCAAGCAGUGGUGGAAGAACUCAUGGCUCAGGGCCCCGUGGAAUCGGCCGACUUGGAGCAAGCCGGCGUAAGAGUCCAGUUGGAUUCCAAAGGAAAGGUUUCUCUMACGACGAUCAACGAAAAGUGAGAACGUUAUUCAUGGGGCUAUCCMCAAUUUGAUCGAGCCAGGCAAGAAAUACGGGAUGGCUUCGCAAGGAUUCGGUCGAAAGAAGAAUGACAUCUUGUGCCACAAAGGCAUGCCACCCAAAUUAAAAUUUCGAUGGUUUUUCAGUAGAACAAACAUUAUUUUACGCC